UUCAUGGAACAUGGACGGACCAUGGACAUGACUCCAUGCGGCCAUUCCUAUUCCAAACACCACCUUACCUGGACUUAAGAGAGGGGUGGGGUCUCAAUGCGAGAAUGAUUCGUGUGAGGGAGGAGACAAGUGGAUGCUAGUGGAGUCAAUAUGGCGGCCUUUGUUUGCACCGGGGCGUUCGGGGAAUGCGGAUCCCCACUCGGUGUAGUUUCCGUCUCCGCUUCCCGACCUGCCCGGCUGACCAGUGGUGGUGGUCUGAGUGGAACUCUCCUGUCUCGUCGCAACAUCUCCCAUCUCCACGCUGGCGACUCUGCCUUCUCGUUCACCGUCUUCUCCAUCCUUAGCAUCCUUAGCAUCCUACACUGCUGCAGCCCCGCCUAUUCUAAGCUGCUAUCGCUUCUCUUAGCUACCUUAGCUAUUAUACCAAGGACGACUGCGGUAUAGCUUUCGAAGCCGUCGCAUUCUACCAGAGUUCUAGAAGGAUCAUAGCAGCUACGUGGAAGCGGAGUGGAAGGAUCUACAGGGGACAGAAAAUCGCUCAAUUCCUCCCGUAGGGCAAGAGAGAGAGAGAGGGAGGGAGAGAAAGGAUACUCUCGAUCCCCUGCAUUCCCAGUGACCGUUGGC